AGCCUAAUGUUGCAUAAAAGUAGAUGAAAAGUUUAUUCCUGAAAUACAGAAUCCUUUCAUUCAAUUCUAAAAAAACCUUUUAAAUUAAACUUGCAGUUGGGCCCAAUAUCCAAUGCAAAGGUGGUGAAUCAUUUUCACUGAUAGAGACUUUGCACACAACCAAAGCAAAGCAGCAAAGACAUUAUUUCAAACCAGCACAUGAUCCUCAUUCAUUUACACCCCCAAAUGUGAAUCAGAUGCUUAUCACACAGGCAUAAACUGCAGAUGCACUAGGAUACACAGAGAAGGCAUGAACUGCAAUGAGUUUGGAUACUUACAAUCUACACAGAAGAUGGUGAAGUUGGUAUACAGUGCAAGAACACUGGCAGUGUUAGCAUGGAUCAUGUGGAUUUGUUCCAGUGUGCAGGCAGUAGACAUUGGUGUCAACUGGGGCACCAUAUCAGCACAUAGACUCCCUCCCCCUAUUGUUGUGAGGCUUCUAAGGGCCAAUAAUAUUAUGAAGGUGAAGCUUUUUGAUGCAGAUCCCUUGGUUUUAGAGGCUCUUGUGGGCUCUGGUAUUCAGGUCAUGGUGGGCAUUCCAAAUGACAUGUUGAGGAUUAUGAGCGUCUCUUCUGCAGCUGCAGACAUGUGGGUUCAUGAUAACGUCACUAGAUAUGCCUUCAGAGGGGGCGUUGAUAUUAGGUAUGUUGCAGUUGGUAAUGAACCAUUUCUUUCCAGUUACCAAGGGCAAUUUCAAUCAUUUGUAGUUCCUGCUGUGAUCAAUGUGCAACAGGCUCUUACAAAGGCAAAUCUCGCAGGCCUGGUGAAAGUUGUGGUUCCAUGUAAUGCAGAUGCUUACCAGUCCGACUUACCUUCCCAAGGAACCUUCAGGCCAGAUGUGAGCCCAACUAUGGUUCAGCUUGUCUCCUUUCUUAGCAAGAAUGGAUCUCCUUUUGUCGUUAACAUUUACCCUUUCUUAAGUCUUUAUGGGAAUGCAGAGUUUCCAGCAGACUAUGCUUUUUUUGAUAACAGUACUCAUCCGGUGGUUGAUGGGCAGAAUGUUUAUACUAAUGCCUUUGAUGGAAAUUUCGAUACCCUUGUGGCAGCCUUAGAUAGAAUUGGCUUUGGCCAAAUUCCAAUCAUUGUUGGAGAAAUUGGAUGGCCAAGUGAUGGGACCAUUGUUGCAAAUAUCAGCAAUGCAAAAAGAUUCAACCAAGGAUUGGUGGACCAUGUACUGAGCAACAAGGGAACACCUCUCAGACCUGGUGUUCCCCCAAUUGAAGUAUAUCUAUUUGGUCUUCUGGACGAGGGCCAAAAGAGUGUCAUGCCUGGGAAUUUUGAAAGGCAUUGGGGUAUAUAUACCUUUGAUGGCCAGGCUAAAUACCACCUUGAGUUGGGCCAAGGAUCCAAAGGUCUGGUGAAUGCUGCAAAUGUCCCAUACCUGCCUUCUAGAUGGUGUGUUGCAAAUGCCAACCGCGACCUGUCGAGUGCUUCAAACUAUGUGCAACUUGCAUGCUCAAGUGUUGAUUGCACAAGAUUGCUUUAUGGAGGCUCAUGCAAUGCCAUUGGAGAAAUAGGCAAUGUCUCUUAUGCUUUCAACAGCUACUACCAACAACAGAAUCAAGCAGAAAAAAGCUGCUAUUUCAAUGGGCUUGGAAUGAUAACAUUUGUGGAUCCCUCAAUUGGGGAUUGUCGUUUCCUCAUUGGGAUUAGAGACUCUUCUGCCACUGCCUUAUAUUCAAGUUCAAGAUUUUUUCUGGCAGUUGAGUGGAUGAUUCUAAUGUGUUUACUAACCUGUACUUGUCUAUGAUCUCGACAUAUCUCCAAUUUGUAGAAGUUACAAAGCACUCGAACAAGAAACUGCCUAUUUAGACAUACUGAAGAUAAGGCCAUAGUUCUAACUUUGAAGUGAGGUGUACUCCUAUUUUGUUAAACAAGCCCUAUAGGCUGCUUCGAAUUCCCCAGCAUUUGACAAAGGUCAUGUGCCCACUGUGCAGGAGUGCAAGAACCUUUUAGCACUCUAAUACAAGUAGUCUCAAGAUGAUUUUUUUUAUGUAGUAGUUGUAUUCUUGUCCACAUCAUUGGGAUUGUCUCAAAGGCACCCAUAUAGUAAAGUCUUUCAUAUGAUAAUACUCUUGUUGGUAAGUUCAUCUUUCAUUAUGUACCUUUAGCAAGGAUUUGCUCCCCUGUUACUUGGGUAAUACAUCUGUCUGCAUAGUGCUGCAAAUGAAAGAUCCUAUGGAUAUUAAGUGUUCAAAGAACAUUUUGUCAUUGGAAGACAUUCUUUACAAAUUAUGUGAAUGGAUUUUGUUCCAAUUCUUUGGAAUGAACUCAAUUCUGUAAUCCUUUGAUUUUAUGUUCACUUCUUUAUAUGGUAUUCUCUGGCUACUGCAUAACAAUCUGUAAGCUAAUGAGUUAAUACAGAGAUUCAUGUUUUUUUUUUAAAUAGAAUAUGAGGGUUCUAUUGGGCUUCUCACUUUUGAAAAUAGAAACAAUACAAUACCAAUACAGAAAUGCACCAUGACAAAACAACUACAGGAUUAAAUCCCCAUAAGCCUGAAGGCUAGCAGAAGAGGAAUUCAAGAAUUUAGGGAAAAAAAGACCAAAAAGCACCAGAGACCACGGGAGCGAAAACUCCCCACCAGUGAGGAUGAAGAAACAGAAGACAGUCGAGAAAGGCAGAUACAUCCCCGAGCUCAGACAGUGCCCAGGCCCCAGGCCUCCUCAGUGCCACAAUCCAUCCAUGCUGGCUGGAAUACAGAGAUAUUCAUUUUGCUCUUAAUAGGACCAUCAAUAAGGCAAAUCCCUGGGAUAUGAAUAAAAGUUACCACUAUAUAGCAUUCAUCAUCAAGGCAUUUUGCUGGUAUGCCCUCAUUUGGUAUUAUGUAAUCUAGCUUGCUGCCAUUCACUCUAUGACAUAUAUAUAAAUGCAUAUGGAGCUCCAAUGAUUAGAAUUUUGACAGCAGUUUUCAAAGGUCAAGCACUCUCCCAAGUCUUCCUGGGAAGAAGGAAGAAUCUGACUUCAAUCCAGCGAGCUGAAUCUGCUGGGCAUAGAAAGUACUGAAUCCAUGCUCUUUCUGUAAUGUAUACAAGAAAUGCAAUUAAGAAGUAAU